CUUUCUUCUUACAUCAUGGUCCAUGUGGUCUAGAUAUGUUAUGUCUAUGUAUAUGACAAGAUUUUGCAAGUUUUUUAACCUGAAUAGUCGUAAACUUUAACAAUUGUUAACAAUUAAUAUCGUAAUUUACGGGGCAGAGCUUAUUUCUGCCAAAUUUUUUCGUUUUAUGUAAAAACGCGUCGUAUAAUUUUAUUAAAAUUGGCAGUAAACUUAAACUAUAAUUACAUAAUGUUAAAAUUUUACGAAAAUAGUAAAUAAUCUUACAAAGUUGAUUUUACGUAUCAGUAUUAAAUAUAAUACUGUAAUAGUUCAAUUCGAAUUGUAGAAGAAAAAUGAGUUUCAAGACAACUAAGGAAGUUAUAGAAGAAGGAGAUAUUGUUAUUUUAUAUUUAAAUCCAAACAAUAUGCAUUCUUUGGAAGUAAAAGCAAAAAUUUCUAAUAAGAAAGGUCAAAUCAUAGACAAUGUGUUCAACACUACUUAUGGUGCCCUAAGAGUUAUUUCGCUUAUUGGGCAAAAGUAUGGUUCAAAAGUGGAGUUAACUCGAGGCUGGGCAUAUGUGUUACAGCCAACGCCAGAGCUUUGGACAUUAAUACUGCCUCAUAGAACUCAAAUUAUUUAUAGUCCAGACAUAAGUCUUAUUAUACAUUUAAUGGAACUUAGGCCAGGAAGUAUAGUUGUUGAAACAGGUACUGGUAGCGGCUCUUUAUCUCACUCAUUAAUUCGAGCGAUACGCCCAAGUGGUCAUUUAUAUACCUUUGAUUUUCAUAAACAGCGUGUAUCUAUUGCUAGAGCAGAAUUUAAAAACCAUGGUUUGAAUGAUUUUGUAACUUUAAAGGAAAACGAUGUUUGCUUAGAAGGAUUUGGAGAGGAAUUGAACUACAAAGUUGACUCAGUGUUUUUAGAUCUUCCACAUCCAUGGUUAGCUAUAGACCAUGCCACUGUUGUUUUAAAGAAAACAGGUGGAAAACUCUGCUCUUUUUCUCCCUGCAUCGAACAAGUUCAACGUACUUGCGCAAAACUGAUUAGUAAAGGAUUUAUAGAAUUGCAUACAUACGAAUGCUUGCAAAGAGAAAUGAAUGUUCAGUACAGAUUUUUGCCACUAUUAGAUUUGGAAUGUUUAAAGUACAAGCACGCAAAUGAAGAUACUGUAUUUGAAAAUGGGAAAGGAAAACGAGAAGAAAAACUUCUUACAGUUACUCAUGCGCAUUCAUUACCUGGACAUACAGGUUUUAUUACGAUUGCAGUUCUUCCUCCUAAUUUUGCGCGCAAAAAAGAUUCUUAUUACAGUCUAGAUAUUCAGGCCAAAUAAAGAAACGAUUGAAGAAUACAAAACUAGGCUAAACUAACAUGUAAUGUCAAGUACACAUCAAGUAUCACUUAAAUAAAUGUUAUAAACUGAUUUCAAACCAUUUUAAAUAAAAUUUCAUAAUUUUAUAAAUUUAUAAA